GAAAGCGGCGGGGAAUGGGCCGCAGUGGAGGGGUCAAUGAUUUUCUUUUGAAGCUUUUGGAAGCAGAAUUUGACCUCAUUUGGUCCCGCGAUCGCAACACUCUUCUACAAGCCACUCACGGCUUGCGGCAAACUCGUCUCAUCCUCACCAGCGAGAAGCUCUUUCCGUGCUUGAACUAGGUAUUACUACAUUAGUACAUGUAGCAAGACCCUCAACUCAAAAGUCACUCGCCGUUUCAUCACGUUACUAUCCCACCGCUCAACUCACCGCCUCGCAUCCUUUCGCCACGGACCAACACCGACGACAAUGGCCCAAAAACUCAUCGUCGUCGUAGGCGCCACGGGCAACCAAGGUGGUUCCGUUGCCCGCCGCUUCCUGGCUGCAGGCUACCGCGUCCGCGCUCUCACACGCGACACCUCUUCCACAUCCGCUACUGGCCUGGCCGCUCUCGGGUCUGAUGUGGAGCUGGUGAGCGCGGACCUCGAAGACGUGAAAUCCAUCGAAGAAGCAUUCCAGGGUGCAAAUGUCAUCUUCAGCGUCACAAAUUACUGGGAGCCCUUCUUCCGGCCAGGCUGUCGCUUCAAGGCAAAGGAGCAGGGCAUCUCCUGCCGGAAGUUUGCAUACGAUGUCGAGUUGCGCCAAGGGCGGAAUAUUGUCGACGCCGCGGCCAAGACUGUGGACUCGCUCGACGAUAACGGAUUCUUGGUUUCGACCCUCAGUCACGCUGAGAAGUGCAGUGGUGGAAAGUUCAAGGAGCUGUAUCAUUUUGACUCCAAGGCUGAGAUCUUCCCUGGCUACGUGAACGAGAAGUAUCCCGAGCUUGCGGCAAAGAUGUCGUGCAUUCAUACUGGUUACUUCUACACCAGUUACAAUAUUCUCCCCAACUCAUACUUCGGAAAGAACCCCGAUGGCACAUUCACAAUGGCGUUCACCACCUCUCCCGACAAGCCCGUCCCGCACUUCUCACCCGUCGACGAUAUGGGCAACUUCACCUACGCCGUUUCCCAGAUGUCUCCCGGCAAGGCUUACAUGGCUGAAGGAACAACUGCCACUUGGCCCCAGUUCCUCGAGACAUGGGCGAAGGUAAACGGAGUACAAGCCAGCUAUAAGCAAAUCACACCGGAAGAGAUGAUCGAGGCGACUGGAGAGCGCGAUACCGGCAUUGAAGUCGCGUACAUGUUUUCCUAUUCCUCGGACCCAGGCUAUGAUGGUGGCAUGGACCUGCUGACCGCAGCUGAUAUCAGAAAGAUUGGCAUUGAUUGUCCCAUGACAACUUGGGAAGAGUGGUCGAAACAGAAUGACUGGUCCUCUGUACUAGACAAAUGAUGGGUAUGACAGCUGGUUUAUGCUGAGACGAGCUAGACAUAGAUUAAAUUGAGCAAUCCCAUACCCUCC